AUGGGUGUGGAAGAGCAGAAAGAAGAACGAGAAGUCCUCGAGUCGAUCUUUCCCGACGAAAUUACAGAUGUUUCCGAGACGGAAUUCCGAAUUUCGAUACAACUCGAAGUGACGAAUGAUGAGGGAGAUAACUCCGAGGCGCCAACAAUCAUCCUCAACGUCCAAUACCUCGAUGCUUACCCCGAUGAAGCCCCGCGCCUCGACAUAACGCAACCCCCCAACGCCCCCAAGCACCCCUACCUCGAUAUCCAAGAAGACAAGGCCGUCCUCCUCUCCGCUCUCGACUCCACUAUCUCCGAAAACCUGGGCAUGGCCAUGGUCUUCACACUCGUCACCACCCUGAAGGACUCCGCCGAACUUCUCAUAUCAGAGCGUCAGAAUGCCAAGCAAGCGCUCAAGGAAAUAGAGGCGCAGAAAGCGGAGGAGGAGGAGAACAGAAAGUUUCAGGGUGAGGCGGUCACGCGGGAGAGCUUUUUGAGGUGGCGAGAGAGCUUUCGUAGGGAGAUGGCGGAGGAGGAGCUGAAGAGGAAAGAGGCGGAAGAGGCGGAAGACAAGAGUAAGAAGAAGACGGCGAAGGAGGAGAAGAAGUUAACCGGGAAGGAGUUGUGGGUGCGGGGCCUUGUGGGUAAGAUUGAGGAGGAGGAUGAAGGGGGCGAUGCAUUGGACGGGAUGGACAAGUUGAAGAUUGGGACGGCAUCAUGA